UCACUGACACAGCGCUGGCGGAGAACGGCAUUGCAGGUAAAUCGGGACGCGUUUGUCAACACCAUUUUUUUCUGCUUUCAUUAACAUGUGCGAGAAAUGAAGCGGACUCGAUAAGAGACAGUAACGUUGCACUGGUCCGAGUUUUUGUUUGGGGAGAAAAAGACGAACGCGGGCUGUGAAAACACCUCGCCUUGGGCAGAAGAAGCUCCCGUUGUGUGCCCGCUUUGUGGGAAGCACGCUUUUCUUCUCCGAGCAACUUCGAAAGCUGUGGAUUUUUUGAAAUCCUGACCCCCUAUCUAACAAAGGAUGAAAUCUGUCAAAAGAGUGUUUGAAGAGGAGCACAGUGGAGAGACAGAGUUUUCUGCCAUGUCAGACAGUGAUCCCUGUGAGGAUGAUGCUUACCCACUCAAUCUUUCCACCGGUGCCCGUGGAGCUUCUGCUAAGCGUCGCCGCCGGGGGAACCUGCCAAAAGAGUCUGUUCAGAUUCUGAGGAGCUGGCUAUAUGAGCAUCGUUUUAACGCUUAUCCCUCUGAGCAGGAGAAGCUCAGUCUGUCAGGACAGACUAAUCUCUCCAUCUCUCAGAUCUGUAACUGGUUCAUCAAUGCACGGCGACGGCUGCUCCCUGACCUGCUCAGGAAGGACGGAAAGGACCCGACUCAGUUCACGAUCUCCCGUCGCGCCAGCAAAUCAGACAGCCGGUCAGUUGGCUCCGCCUCACCAGACCACUCCACCCCUCCACUGGUCCCGGCAUCUCGCCCCUCUGUCAUCCGCCCUGCCCCUGCAUUGGACCUGAGCAUGCUGGGUAAUACAGCGACUGCCAUCUUGACUGGGGCUGGCUGUUUAGUGGGAUCAGGUUUAACAGGCCGAGACGGUGGUCUCCAGACCCUCGUGCAGGUGGACACUCGCGGCCUGAUCAAGAAAGAAAGUGUGAAUGGACCUCCUAGUGUAACUACUAUUCCAGGCUCUUCUUCCAGCAGCCCAAGCCUGGGAACGAUGAGUCCUACAGUGGUGCUGUUCAACACGCCGCCCCCUACACCCCCAGAGCUCUGCCCACAUGACUUCAGCGACCUCAAGCUGCUCGUAGAUGCAGCCUUACAGAGAGCAGCAGAGCAGGAAAACCAGAGACAGAAGGAGCAGCCUUCAACUAGAGUGCCCUGUUCUGUUCCUGUGUCUGUUUCAGGAACAGAAGCUCCAAGUAGGAACACAGAGCAGGAAAAGAGCUGUGAAAGCCUGAGCUCCAGCAGCAAAUCUGACUCUGCUCCAAGCCUGCAGGAGAAGGCCAUCCUUCCUGUCUCUGUGCCUGUGUUAAAUGCCUCUGCUUCCGCUCUUCCUGCCAGUGAAGCGGGCGUUAGCCUGCCAGUGGUUCCACAUAGAGUUGCCGGAGCAGUGAAUUUUCAGCCAAAUGGUGUGUGGAGUGUGGUCAGACCAGCUAGUCCACCCCCAACCAGCGUCACACACACCUGGAGCUCACAGCACACACUCCACGCUGUCAGAGAAGCAGUCAACUGAGAAAAUCAAAAUGACAGGUGUAUGCAUUUAUGAAGGACAAGAAGCAACAACUGAGAAAAGGACAUUCCACACAACCAAGACGUGAAUGCAACACUCCUCUGCUCUGGGUUCUUGUUUGGCUGAGGUUGUCCAUGACUCUUAUUUACAUGGCAGAAGACAGAUAGUCAUGUGGCUGCAAUGUCAGUGUCGCCUUGACAAUCUCCAGUUGUCAUGGAUGUGAUCUGAGGGUUGCCGGACGACCAGCUAGAAACGGAACAUUUCACCUGAUGGUUCAGAUAACCCGGUUGUAGGACAUACACUAAGUUUACCUUUUAUUGACACAAAGAAUAUGUUUUUAAAGCAGCAAGCCUUUUAAAACCUUUAAAAGACUUUUCUAUUGUUUUCACUACAUGAGAUUUAUUUACGGUCCUCUUUACCAUUUCAGCACAACAGCAAUUGAGAACAUAUGAUAAGGCUCAGCUUAAAAGGGAAGUAAAUCUUGUGGGUUUAAAAUCCUGAACGGGGCAUUUUUAGAUUCGCCACAGACAGUGAACUUUCCACACAAACCCUGGCAGAGUUGUGAUGUUUCUCAGUGUUAUGUAUCUAACUGAUAGGUGAGACAUUUAUGGUUUAUUUGCUUUUAGGACUGCCGUUAGAAGUUACACAAGUGGCCUUGCUCAGUUUUUUGCCUUAGAUAUUGGUUAAAGUAGGGGUAGGCGAUAUGGCAAAAACAUCAUAUCACAAUACUUGAUGUUUACACGACUUAAAUGAUUUGGUUUAGCUGAAGUUCAAUUGGAAACACAGUACACUAGUGAAACAGCACACCCACAUUUAAUCUCAGAAGAGUGUAUUGUGAUAUGAUGUAAUAUAAGAUCUGCCAGAUUUUGAUAUUGUUUUUGCCUGUAUGCUCCAAUGUCCUGGCUUAGGGCUAGAUAAGUAGACUAUAAUGUAGCAUGGCUAACUAUUUUUAUAUAUAUAUAUAUAUAUAUAUAUAUAUAUAUAUAUAUAUAUAUAUAUAUAUAUAUAUAAUGACUCUUGAAUGCUCAUUGUGAACCAGCAUGCUACGCUGAAUGAAAUGCUGAUGGGUUAGAUGUCAGUGUGCAGACAGGGACUUGGACUUAAUCCUGCUCAGUCUAGGAGCUACACUUUAGUUUGAAAACCCCUGGCAUGCUGCAGCCUUGUUUGUUUGAUACCUCAUUCCAGUGGCCUGAAACCACUGCAAAUGGGACCACGACUUCCAAAUAUCAUCUUUCUUUUCUGUGUUUGUGUGGUCACUCAUACAUUCUGCACUUUAUUUCUAAGUCUCUAUGUUGCCAGUACUUCAAAACAUUAACCGAAGCCUUUUUUUAUUGCUCAAAUUGUUUUUGUUUUUUUUGUUUUUGCCUCCUCGAGCACAGUCUCUGUGUGCUAAGGUCUAAGGAUGAGGGAGAGGAGACGGACGGUUGGGGAAAUUGAUUGCACUGCAGAGAGCAUAGCUCAGCCUGAUCGUUCCUCUGCAGUGACAUAGCGUGAGACAGCAGCAGAGCCGCCACUGAUUUCCUGAGAGACGCUCCUUCCCAUCCCAAACAAGCUUUAACUUCUUUUGCUGAAUUAAAUGUGGAGUGUGUACGGUGCUUUAGGGGUGCAAAGAGUUAAACAUUUCCAUAUAAGAUGUCAUGAAUUCGUGUGUGUGUGUGUGCGCGCGUGUGCGAGUGUGCAUGCGCAUCAGAGACAGGCAGAUGGUGUGAGACAGCAGGAUUAAGGUAUAUGUUACAUGGAUCAAUGUGGGGAAAGUGGAGAGCAGACACUAUCAGUUUUAUGUUUCAGAAUCACCAGUAGUGUUUUCAUAUCCUUAUCAGCUCAUGCUAUUAGCUUGUUCUUAGAUUUAAAUUUUAUUUCAUGAGCUGAAGAAUACUGCAAAGCACCUUUUCAUAAUGCUGGUAUAAAAAGGGUGCACAGGUGUGUUCACUAUAGUGAAGAAGUCGAGUAUAAUAGCCUUGUUGACAUGGGAUCAAUUUCAGAGCAGGACCGUGUGCCUAUGAAUGUGAACGAUCGCUGUAUUAGGGUGCUGGCAUUUCUUUUAGUUUAAGCUUUGGAGCAUUAUAAGAGGGGUCGUUUUUUUUAUCAUAUUUUAGUUCCUCAUCAUGUUUCUUAUUAUUUUAUUGUAGUCGUUGUCGCACCAUUAUAUGUUAGAGUCCAUGUUUCUUGCCAUGCCCAAGUUCCAUGAAACGGUCAUGUACCAGUUCUCUUUUUGUUUUUCAAUGUUUUUAAUGUUGUAGCUUUGUGCCUGAAUGAGUUGUAGUCACUGUAUUCAAUGCACACCAUUCUACUUUACCUCCAGUGGUGCCAUUUCCUCCCCCACAAUGAGUUUAUAUCCGCUAACUUAUGUAUUUGCGAAAAUGUUGAAAUUUUGCAAGCAUCUAAUGUAAUGAACUAACGUGUUUUGUCUGGUUGUUUUACGGUCACGGUUCUGUUCAAGGAAGGUGGCCUCUAAUCGUGACACUGUGUCCUGUUUGGGAGGUCAGCCCUCGUUUUCUGUAAUAUUGUAACAAUUUCUAUGUACUUUAAUUUUUUUUUUUUUUUUUUUUUUAUUGUCUGCAUUGCAUUCGGUCUCAGGUUAAGUCAGUCGUUCCUCUUUUAGCAUAGAUUUUAGCCACUGGGGAGAAAACUGAGAGUAUUAGAGAUCAGUAAUGUGCUUUAGACCAGUGUUUGACAUGUUUGUAUGUCCAGCUUAGGCUCUUUGGACAUGAGAAAUUGGCUUAAUAAUAUGAUAACUCUGUGUAAAAACCGGUGUACCACUACAUGAAAAACCACUGUGAGCUUUCCGUUAGUUACUGGGUUCCUGGAACAACAAUGGGUACUGGAUGUAUACGUAUAUUUUUCAGAGAUGCUCUAUUUUUACACUUCUGUAGAAUGACUGAUGUUGAUAUUCUAGAUACCGUGUCUAUUUAGUCGAGAAGGGGUCUUGUAGAUAUAAAGCGCAUGUCUAUCGGGUCUGGUUUUUAUGUAUAUUAAAUGUGUAGCGCUCUCUCUGUCUCUCUAUAUAUGACCAAAUACUUUAAGAUGGAUAUGAAUAGUAUUUGUUUCUUACAUUUCCUAUCAGUGUAUCAAGUAAAAAAAAAAAAAAAAAAAAAGUAUGGACAGUGAACUUGGCAUUUGUGCCUUACCUGAGAACAAGAGAAUCUUCCCAGCUUUUCUAGAAAUAUUUGGACUAGUCUGUGCAAUAUCCGCCUUAAACUUGUGAUGUGUCCUCCUUCUUUUUGUACAUUUCAGAGAAAUAAAGUACAAUUUUCAUACAA